GUGCUCAUUGUUGUUAGUCAUUUUAAAGGUGUUGAAAGUGGUGCCUUUGUUUUUGGGGUGUUCCUUUACGUGUGUGUGUAUAAUUCCGUCAAACCUUUCCAGAACUAAAUACCCUCAAAAAUUGGUAUUGAAAUGUCGUCUAAUCGGCUUGUGAGGAGAGCUACCCAUGCUGGAAGCUGGUACACAGACUCAGCACGUGAACUGAGGUCUCAACUUGACAACUGGCUGGCUGCUGUCGGACCACCAACAUUCAGUCCUGCCAGAGCUGUGAUAGCCCCGCAUGCUGGAUACCAGUAUUGUGGAGCGUGUGCUGCCUUUGCCUACAAACAGGUAGAUCCUGCUGUUGUAAAACGUGUCUUCAUCCUGGGUCCCUCCCAUCAUGCCCGUCUCAGCCGUUGUGCACUGUCUCCAGCCAAGGUAUACCGUACACCAUUCUAUGACCUCCCUAUUGAUCAGUCGGUGUACGAAGAGCUCUACCAAACACAAGCCUUUGAAGAUAUCUCAUUGCACACAGAUGAAAACGAACACAGUUUAGAAAUGCACUUGCCGUACAUUGCCAAAAUAAUGGAGAAACACGAAUUCACGAUAGUGCCCAUAAUGGUCGGGUCACUUGGCCCCGAUGAUGAAGCCUUCUUUGGCAGGCUUCUAAGCAAGUAUCUGGCUGAUCCAGAUAACUUGUUCGUUGUAUCGUCCGACUUCUGCCACUGGGGGGCUAGGUUUCGUUAUCAGUACUACGAGAAGCAAUGGGGAGAGAUACACGAGUCUAUUGAGAAGCUGGACAGAAUGGGAAUGGACAUCAUCGAAGAACUCUCACCAACUGGGUUUACGUCCUACCUCAAGAAGUAUGGGAACACAAUCUGUGGUAGGCACCCCAUUGGAGUGCUUCUCAAUGCGGUCCAUAAGCUGCAGACCAAUGGACAUGGACACAGGAUGUCGCUCAAGUUUUUGAAGUAUGCCCAGUCCAGUCAUUGUUACUCCAUGAGCGAUUCUUCAGUCAGCUAUGGUGCCGCAGCGCUUCGAGUGGAUUGAACGACGAAGUCUAAGCCACUCUUUGGCCCCAUUUCUUUCACAUUGCCUUUAUCAUGCAUCACACACGCUUUGUUCUUGAAGCAGAGAUUGGAUGAGCCGGGGAGUUACUCCCAGAACUGCAUUCAAUGCACCAGUAACUGAGGCAUCAACUUUGUUAUUAUUUGCUUGGUUCGUUGGUGGUUCUCUAACCCACACUAACGUUGCGAGGGCUUGUAAAGUUUUAUAGAGAUUCAGAUGGGUUUUGCAUGAGAAUGAAGUCGAAGGGUUCGCUGAAUAAUGGAUGUGGUGCUUUUUGUUUGCAGCAUUUUUGUACCGAGAGGCAAAUGAAUAAAUAUUAUAGAUUGUA